CUGCAGAAGGCCGACCUGGCCGUAGCCGCCUUCACCAUCACGGCGGAGCGGGAGAAAGUGAUCGACUUCUCCAAACCCUUCAUGACGCUGGGGAUCAGCAUCCUCUACCGGGUGCACAUGGGCCGCAAGCCCGGCUACUUCUCCUUCCUGGACCCCUUCUCGCCGGCCGUCUGGCUCUUCAUGCUCCUGGCCUACCUGGCCGUCAGCUGCGUCCUCUUCCUGGCUGCCCGGUAA